AUGGGGCUGUGCCUGCCCUGCAUGGGGGGUGCCGUCAAGGACGUGGUGGAAACGCCCGACCCGGAAAUAAAAAGAAGACAGCUAGCAGAAGCUGCUGAAAAGAGGCAGAUGGAGGCUUCCUCUCGAGGUAUUAAGAACGCUUACUCUGUAGAGCAAAAGAAAAAGAAACAGGAAGAAAUAGAAAAAAGAAUUGCAGCUUCAGGUUCUGGAGGAGAAGGAGGACUGAGGUGGCAGGUUGGAUAAAGAAGUAUGAAUUUUGAAGAGAAGAUGAUUGAUGUUUACUGCCAAUAACUUGCCAGUUUCUGCAGUUGAGUGGCACUUACUCAUCAUGUGGCUUUUGCUGUUUGCAUAUGAAGACUCAGCAGUACUUUGCCAUCGUGGGAGAGGAGAUGUGGAAACGUACACUAAGAAACUUAAGAACUAACUCUGAACACUAAGUUUUGGCCAAUUUUUUUGUUUGUUUUAUGUGCAUGUUUUAUCGCUUCCCUGUCCAGGGAGUGAGAUGGGUUUUCUCACAUGGAAGUGACCUCCUUACACGUAGUCAGUCAGUAUGCGUAUGCUGUCUGGUCAGUUGGUGUAUGUACAUCUGCGUAUGACUGGCUUAGGCACAGCUCAGGUGCCCGUGUGUUGGUUUUGACGCUUAAUUCAAGCUCUACAAUUAAACUUGUCUCUUAAGUCCUCAUGUAGAAAGUUGUUUAUAAAUAUAUAUAUUUGAA